AUGAGUCAAGCUGGAGUUGAAGGAUUGGCCGUCGGCCUCAACAAGGGACACUCUGCUACCCAAUUGGAAGCUAAAACUCGUCAAAAUAGACACCGUGGAGUUGCCUCCAAGAAAACCAAGGUAGUUUGUCAAAUGUUUUUACUCGAAAAACUUGAUGUUUUCAGAUCGUCAGAGAACUUGUUCGUGAAAUCACUGGAUUCGCUCCAUACGAACGCAGAGUUCUUGAAAUGCUUCGUAUCUCCAAGGACAAGCGUGCCCUCAAAUUCUUGAAGAGACGCAUCGGAACCCACCUCCGCGCCAAGAGAAAGCGUGAGGAACUCCAAGGAGUCAUCAUCGCUCAACGUAAAGCCCACAAAUAA